ACUGGGCCUCAUCCUCGUGAUUAGUUUGGCAAUCAAGCCCCUCUUCAUUUUUAUUUUAUAAUUUAACGGAUAACUUUUUGAGGGAACAUCAGAUGAAAGAAAAUCCAAUGUCUUUCAGUCUGUGUGCCUGAGAAAGACACUGUGACAGGGGGACUUGUGAAUACUCACUAAGAAUCUCGAAUUAUUAUAUUUAUAUAAUAAUGACUUUUCCAAGAAAUUUGACUAAAUUUCUAACAGUCUGCUGUUUGAUGCUGCUAUGCUUCGUUUAUACAUCAACAGCUCAGACCAUUCGAUUAAGAAGCUCAACAGGGGUUGGUGGUUAUAGAGGUAGGGUAGAGAUUCUACACAAUAACACCUGGGGAACAAUUUGUGAUGAUCAUUUUGACAGAAAUGCUGCUGUCGUGGUGUGUAAAAUGUUGCGUUUGUACACUAGUAACAGUUUUGUGGUGGCCAGGUCCUCAGCUUAUUUUGGCCAAGGAACAGGCCCUAUCUGGCUUGAUGAUGUGACAUGUUUGGGUAAUGAGAACUCUCUACUGAACUGUCGCCUCAAACCGUGGGGUGUACAGAACUGUGAUCACAGAGAAGAUGUUGGAGUGGACUGUAAUGCAGGUCAGGUGGCAAACAUUCCUCUACGAGUGGUGAACGGCUCUAGUGUUAACGCUUACAGUGGCCGAGUAGAAAUCCAAGUCAACAACACGUGGGGUACGAUCUGUGACGAUGAAUGGAAUGACAAGUCAGCCAGGGUAGUCUGCAAUAAUCUGGGACAAACAAGUGCCACUGCUGUGCCUGUUGGAAAUGCCCUGUUUGGUUCUGGACCUGGGCCCAUUUUAUUAGAUGAUGUUAAGUGCUUAGGAAAUGAGACAGGUCUUGGAGCUUGUGAUCACAAACCUUUCGGAACCAAUAAUUGUGACCACUCAGAAGAUGCUGGGGUCCUCUGUCUUUCUGGUCCAUCAAACGUACAAGUAAGGCUUGCUGGGGGACUAAAUAAAAAUCAAGGACGAGUAGAAAUCCAGGUGUUUGGAAUCUGGGGAACAAUUUGUGACGAUAGUUUUGACAGAAGAGAGGCCAAUGUAAUUUGUCAUCAGCUUGGAUUCCCAAGGGGAGGAACAGUAUUGACCGGGUCUACCUUUGGAGGGGGAAGAGGCCCCAUAUGGAUGGAUGACCUUGAAUGCAAUGGAAAUGAGACUGCCAUACAGAUGUGCACCCGCAAGCCAUGGGGGGUCAACAACUGUGGACACGAUGAGGAUGUUGCAAUUUCCUGUAUCCCAACAAAUGUUCCUCCCAUUCAAAUACGUCUUGCUGGUGGUCCCACAAACAGGGAGGGUCGAGUUGAGAUUCAGUACAACAAUCAAUGGGGAACAGUUUGUGAUGACCUGUGGUCCAAUGCUAAUGCUGCUGUUGCAUGCAGGAUGCUGAAUUUACCAUUCUCUGGUGCAGUGGGGGUUGUAAAAGCGCCGUAUGGUCCAGGGUCAGGUCAGAUCCUCAUGGAUGAUGUCAAAUGUGUUGGGACAGAGACUACCCUGGCAAACUGUAAUUUCCCAGGGUGGGGACAGAACAACUGUGACCACACUGAGGAUGCUGGAGUCAUCUGUCAGGACACUACAACUCAGAUGCAGAUUCGACUUGUAGAUGCCAAUGGGCAGACAGGGGGAUACCAAGGACGUCUUGAGGUCAACAUUAACAAUACAUGGGGAACUGUUUGUGAUGAUUCUUUUGGAACUCCUGAGGCUACAGUUGUCUGUAAACAGCUGGGCUUAAAUGCGGCAAAUGCCACAGCUAAAGGAAGUGCCUUCUUUGGACAAGGAACAGGUCAGAUCUUUCUAGAUGAUGUAAAUUGUGCCGGGACAGAAAAAGGUAUCCAGUUCUGUGGACACAGGGGAUAUGGACAUAACAACUGUGACCAUUCUGAAGAUGUGUCUGUUAUUUGUAAAGCUGGUAUCACACAGCCAACCAGGGCAAGGUUGGUGGGGGGAACAACAAGGAAUGAAGGUCGAUUAGAGGUCUACCACCAGGGGGCCUGGGGAACAGUUUGUGACGAUUACUUUGACACCAUUGCUGCUCAAGUUGCUUGUAAAAUGAUGGGACUUCCAUGGCAAGGAGCCCAGCCAAGACCUAAAGCAUUCUUUGGACAAGGAACGGGUCAGAUAAUGUUGGACAAUGUUAUCUGUAGAGGAAAUGAAACAAAUAUUCAAUUCUGUAGACAUCGCCCUUGGGGAACUUCUAACUGUCGACACAAUGAAGAUGUUGGAGUGGUCUGUGGAUCUUUGACCCGAGUUCCAGUUCGCCUUGUGAAUGGAACCUCCACAGCUAAUGGGCGUCUUGAGAUUUUCUAUAACAACACAUGGGGAACUGUGUGUGAUGACUCUUUCAGUAAUAAUGCUGCAGCAGUAGUCUGUAAUAUGUUAGGCUUUCAGAGGGGGCGUAGUACAGCUGUAUCUAAUGCCAGAUAUGGACAAGGACUGGGGCCUAUUCUAUUGGAUGAUGUCAUUUGUAAGGGGACGGAGACCAGUAUCUUACAGUGUCGCAGCAAAGGCUGGUACACUAAUAACUGUGACCAUACAGAGGAUGUCGGAGUUAUCUGUAACACUGGACAGCCACGUUUACGAUUGGUAAAUGGUGGCAGUAGAUACAAGGGAAGAGUAGAGAUCAACAUUGCUGGAAUGUGGGGAACAAUCUGUGAUGACAAGUUUGAUUCUAAUGCUGCUAAAGUUGUUUGCAAGACUUUGGGACUGCCAUACCAGAAUGCCCUGCCUGCUACAGCAGCUGCCUUUGGACAAGGCACAGGAAACAUUCUGUUGGAUAAUGUUGUGUGUCAAGGCAAUGAAUCCUCCAUCUUGGAUUGUCGAACAAAUCCAGUCGGCACCAAUGACUGUGAGCACUCAGAGGAUGUUGGUGUCAUAUGUCAGAAUUCUCCACAGAAUAACAAUGUACGUGUAAGACUGACUGGAGGUCCCUCACAGCAGGAGGGACUUCUUCAGGUGAACUACGCAGGGCAGUGGGGAACCGUGUGUGAUGAUGACUUCACCAAUAAUGCUGCUAAAGUUGUGUGUAAUUCUCUGGGGUUAUCAUUUAUUAAGGCUGUGGCUGUACCUGCAGCUACAUACAAAUCAGCCAAUACAAACUACGGCCCUAUUUGGUUGGAUGGCACUAACUGCACAGGUACAGAGUCAUCUAUUGGAUUGUGUGGACACAACCCGUGGGGGACAAAUGACUGUGACCACACAGAGGACAUCGGAGUGGCCUGUCAGACCAGUCAGAUGCUGAGUCUGCAGUUACGUCUCGUGAAUGGCACCAGCAACAGUGGUCGAGUGGAGGUGUACCAUAACAAUCAGUGGGGGACUCUUUGUGAUGACGGAUUUGGAAUUGCGGAAGCCACUGUAGUCUGCAGGUCACUGGGGAAGCCCACUGGUGUGGUGGUGCCCUUGGCUAAUUCCUACUAUGGAGCAGGGUCUGGUAGUAUCUGGAUUGAUGAUCUUAACUGUGCUGGAAAUGAGACCAACCUCGGAGCCUGCAGCCGCAAACCAUGGGGGGUCAAUGAUUGUGAUCAUACUGAGGAUGCGUCUGUCAUGUGUCUAAGUCCUAAUCCUAAUCCCCCUCCUGUGACAGUGAGGCUAGUGGGAGGACUGACCCGCAGUCAGGGGAGGGUGCAGGUACGAUAUAACGGCAUUUAUGGCACGAUUUGCGAUGACUCCUGGGAUGACAGAGAUGCUCAGGUGGUCUGUAAUAUGCUUGGCUACAGUGCAAGAGGAGCACGUGCAAUCAAUCGUAUAGGAACAGGAAGUGGUCCGAUCUGGAUGGAUGAUGUGGAAUGUACAGGGACGGAGUCCAACAUUGGACAGUGUACUUUUAAGGGAUGGGGAGAAAACAACUGUGAUCAUUCAGAGGAUGCUGGAGUUGUCUGUGUGGAUUCUUCAGUGCAGGCUCUCAGGGUACGACUGGUAGGUGGACCCUCUACCAUGGAGGGCAGGGUAGAGGUGAAUUAUGCAGGGACGUGGGGAACUGUUUGUGAUGACCUUUGGUCUAAUGCUGAUGCUCAGGUUGUCUGCAGGAUGUUGGGAUACUCCACGGAUGGUGCAACAGCCUAUUCAAGGGCCAGAUAUGGACAGGGCUCACCAAACCAGAAAAUUAUCCUGGAUGAUGUUGGCUGUAUAGGAACUGAGGGUAACCUUGGACAGUGUAAUUAUACAGCACUGGGACUGAGUAACUGUGACCACACAGAAGAUGCUGGAGUUAGGUGUUAUCCAGCUGGACAGGUGGUUACCAAUAACAUUAAGAUUCGACUGCGGGGCGGCAGUAACAACCAGACAGAGGGACGUGUAGAGAUUUUCUACAACAACACAUGGGGAACUGUCUGUGAUGAUUACUUUGGAUCACAGGAAGCAGCCGUUAUCUGUAGCAUGCUGGGACAAUCUCCUGUUGGGGCUCGUGCCAAAACCUCAGCCUUUUUUGGACGAGGAACAGGUCCUAUCUGGUUGGACAAUCUGAACUGUAGAGGAAAUGAGACCAGCAUUGCCCUCUGUGGAAGUCGAGGCUGGGGGGUGAACAACUGUAGACACACUGAGGAUGCUGGGGUUGUCUGUGCAGGUAGACAGAGUGUGACUCCUGUGCGAUUGGUGGGUGGAUCUAAUAGAUAUGAGGGGAGAGUUGAAGUAUUCCACUCUGGACAAUGGGGCACGGUUUGUGAUGAUGUCGCAGACUAUCAUGUCGCUCAGGUUAUCUGUAACCAGCUAGGAUUCCCAAGUACAACUGCAGCUGUCAAAGGCUCUGCCUACUUUGGGGCUGGCAGAGGUCAAAUCUGGAUGGAUGACCUCCACUGUGAUGGGACUGAGCUCUCAUUGGAUAAUUGUGGCUUCAGACCUUGGGGCACUAACAACUGUGGUCACAAUGAAGAUCUGAGUGUGAUCUGUACUGCUCCUACUGUCCCACUGCGCUUGGUGGAUCCUAAUGGAAACCCCAAUCAGGGACGUGUUGAAAUUCGGGUGAACGGAACCUGGGGUACUGUUUGUGAUGACAUGUUUGACUCCAAAGCUGCAGGUGUUGUAUGUGCCAUGGCAGGAUUUAGCAGAACUGGAGCUAUUGCCAAGACAAGGUCAUUCUUUGGGCGGGGCACAGGCCAGAUCCUUCUUGAUGACGUACACUGUUCAGGAUCAGAGAAAACAAUCCUCCAAUGUUCCUCCAAACCUCUGGGGACCAACAAUUGCGACCAUGAUGAAGAUGUGGGUGUUAUCUGUAAUGCUGUGAGUCUGCCUAUUCGGUUAGUGGGAGGGACCACCAACAGUGGCCGUGUGGAGAUCCAGUAUAACAACACAUGGGGAACCGUCUGUGAUGAUUAUUGGACUUCAACAGGCAUUCAGAAUGCUAAAGUUGUUUGUAAAAUGCUGGGAAAGCCAUACACCUAUGCCUAUGCCCUGAGUAGAGCAUAUUUUGGACAAGGCACAGGAACAAUCUGGUUGGACGACUUGAAAUGUAGAGGGAAUGAAUCAAGCAUUGAUUCCUGUCCUCAUCGGCCAUAUGGCAGCAACAACUGCAGGCACACAGAAGAUGUGGGAGUUGUCUGUACUAACACCCCUAGAUCCACCACUCCAAGACCCGGCCGCGUCACCACAACACUACCCACUCCAGCCCCAGGAACCACUUUCAUCCGACUGGUCAAUGGUCAGGAUGCGUAUCAGGGCAGGGUGGAGGUUUAUGCCUUUGGUCAGUGGGGAACAGUCUGUGAUGAUGCCUUCACCAAUCAGAAUGCCGGUGUAUUGUGUCAGAUGUUGGGUUACAGCAGAACUGGUGCAUCCUAUAGGGGUACCGGAUCAUUUGGAGCAGGCACAGGUAAAAUCUGGUUGGACAAUGUCAAUUGUACGGGAUCAGAGAGUUCCAUAACCCAAUGUCGCUCGAAUGGUUGGGGGGCCCACAACUGUGGACAUAACGAAGAUGUUGGCAUCAUAUGUUCUCCAACAACAUAUCCUGAUUACUUCUUGUUGAUGACCGAUACUAAAAACAGAAGUAUAUACAGGAUGGAUCUGAAUUCCUACAGUUAUGAAACACUUCCACUUCAUAACCAUGACAACCCCAUCUCUAUAGACUUUGAUUCUCUGAAUCAGCAAAUCUAUUGGACAGAUGUGGGAUCCAAUCAAAUCAGAUCCGCUGGAAUUACAGGAAGCAACGAGAAGGUCGUCCGACAGCUGGGCAACAAAGCUACUCCGGAUGGUAUAUCUGUGGACUCCGUGUCCCGCCUUGUCUUCUACACUGACACCGGUUAUAAUGUCAUUGCUCUUGUAACAAUUGAUGGUGCUUUCACUAAAACUAUAAUUAAUAAUAACCUGGAUGAACCAAGAGCCAUAGUGACCAACCCACAAACAGGUGUGUUUUACUGGUCUGACUGGGGAACUAACGCGAGGAUAGAGAGGGCUAACUAUGAUGGAUCUGGAAGACAGGCCAUUAUCACCACCAAUAUCAAAUGGCCUAAUGCUCUGGCUAUUGAUUUCCAAGGGAGUAAAAUGUACUGGGCAGAUGGUAGCACUAAGUUGAUAGAGAUGUCUAACUUGGACGGUACUGGACGUACGACCGUGUCUGACCAGUCUUCCACCUCGGCCCACUUCUUUGGCCUGGUGCUCUACCAGACCACUCUUUAUUACACAGACUGGAGCCAGCAUUCUGUGAUGAAAGUUUCCACAACUGGUGGUACCCCUGUACCGAUCGGACCAGCAACAUUUGGCAGACUUAACGAUUUGACCUUUUACAGAAGUGGAGUUGGAUUUUCUGGAAGCAAUGCUUGUACCAGUGGUAAAGGAGGCUGCUCUCACAUCUGUCUUCCUGCCCCAGGUAACAUCAAGAAAUGUGCCUGUCCAGAUGGUCUCUCACUACAGCCAAAUGGAUUAUCAUGUGGAACAGCCAUCCCCUGCCAGCCACUACAAGCCCCCACCAAUGGUAUGAUCAGUCCCUCCACCUGUACCACUUCUUCAGCGGCCCCUAACACCAACUGUACUGUGACGUGUAAGACUGGCUACACUCUGUAUGGGUCUAGUAAGCUUACCUGUAAUGCUAACGGUCAAUGGAGCGCUGGAGCCACGUUCAUCAUGUGUCAAGAUACCCAGCCUCCAGUUGUAACUUGCCCAGCUAGUCAGACUGUGACAGCAGACAUGGGAAAACAGACAGCUACUGUCAGCUGGGCAGCUCCUACUGCCACUGACAACUCUGGUAGCAAUGUAGCUGUCCUACAGGAAGUGACAUCACCAGCUGUGCUCGGACCAGGAGCACAUGUCAUCAAAGCCAUUGCCUUUGAUUCAGCUGGAAGAUCAAGCUCCUGUAGCUUCACAAUCACUGUUAAUGUGUUGAACUGUCCCCUCUUAGUUCCUCCAACAAAUGGUAUGAUUAUGUCCCUUCAGUGUUCGCGAAACUACGGUUCUACCUGCCGGGUGGGCUGUAUAUCAGGAUUUAAUCUACAGGGUAGCUCUACAGUCACAUGUCAGAAAUCAGGAAACACAGCUCAGUGGACUCCUGCCACCUCAAGUCUGCAAUGUCAAGCUAUAACUUGCCCUAAGAUUCCAAUUCCACGAAAUGGUCAGAUAACUGGUUGCCAGCCUCCGUACAAGGUGGGCUCUGUCUGUACCCAGGCGUGCAAUGCCUCUUACGUCCCCUAUGGUAACAAUGUCUACAGGAUAUGUCGGCCGACUGGUAGAUGGGGUGGAUCCAUGUUAACCUGUCAGUCACCUAUGGCAUACAAUGGAGGAAAUGCUGGCAUGAUGGUGGGUGGUUCGAAUUCAGGAAGUAGUUCAAGCUCGGUGAACAGUAGUGCCAUCACAGCAGGAGUUGUGAUUGGUGCCGUCCUUAUUGUGAUUAUUCUAGUCGGAGCCUUCCUCUACGUUAAGCGACAGCAAUUUGCAGGUUCUAGUUCUAGUUCAAGUAGAUCAUAUGAGAUGGGAGGUAUGAGUAAUCCUAAUUAUGCCAGCGCAGAAACAUGAAAAUAAAGAACAAUCUACCAUGUGACUUUAUUGAAUAACAGCAUUGAAUUGUGCAAUACUUAAGACUUACUUUUAA